CUCUCUCUCACACACACACACACGCACACACACACACGCAUACUGCUCCACAACUGGUAGGAAAAAAAAGAAAAACCUCAGACAUGGAUGACCCGCUCACAAAAUGGCUCCACUUACACAGUAACAUCAACAACACGGCUGAAACGGAUUUUGUGGGAGUUUAAAAAGGGUCACGGUGUAAAAAUGAUGGAAAAACGGGAGCAGGAGCUUUGUCCUGGAAGUCCCGACGCAGGAUCCGGUCCUGGAAAGCGAGAAGACUCGGCCAUCAUCUCUAGACACAACGGAUACAAGGAGGAAGAGGAGCCGGUGAGAGAAAGGGGGGAGGAGGGAGAUGAGGAGGAGGAAGAGGAGGAGGAGGAGCAGGCGGACGAGAAGGAGAGGGGAGGGAGCUUCAAAGGGGCUGAGGAGACGGAUGACGUUCCGCUGCAGAACUCGAGCAACGGGUCCAGCAUCAGCAUCAUCAUCAACGGCGUUGCCAGGGAAACUGCCUCUCUCAACGCCCUUGACCUGAAAAGGGAAGUACCGGUGAUCGAGCUCUCCAGGAGGGACGCUAUAAAAGCGCUGGAGCAGAGGACGGAGAGCCAUUUCGUGCCGAUCACCGAACUCCGCAGACCUCCACCGCUGCCAUUGCCGCCGCCGCAUCGAGACAACGCUCGAAUGGUCCAGCUGAGCCCAAACGCGUUCCCUGUCCCGGCCCGGGCGAUGCUCUACAACCUGGCGCAGCCUCUUGCCGCCAUCAACAGUCUUGGAGGAGAGUCAGAGCAGUACAGCAUGUACCCCAGCAACAGGGUAAAGCGCCGCCCGGCGCCUUAUGAGGUUGAACUCGACGAGGGUAGGCGCAUUUUAGAUCUUUAUAAGUAUGCUGGCCAGCCAAAGAUUGUGCGUCGCAUCUUCACAAACAGCCGUGAGCGUUGGCGGCAACAGAAUGUAAACGGUGCAUUUGCAGAGCUCCGCAAACUCAUCCCCACUCACCCUCCGGACAAGAAACUGAGCAAAAAUGAGAUUCUGAGACUUGCUAUGAAGUACAUCAGCUUCCUCUCUAACCUUUUGGAAGACCAGGACGGGGGAAGAAAUGUCGGCAGCACAACUGAAGGGGACACAGGCCUGCUGGUUGGUGUUCCGACCCAUGAGGGAGGCCCUCAGGGUGCUCCACACCAAGAAACAGCGGUGGACCUAGUAAGGGAUGAUCUUCUGGAGACGAUGUCACCAGGUUCCAGCUGUGGUAGCCUACCUGAUGGCGAUGCUGAGGGGAGUCCCGAGAGCUUCAUGGAGGACCAGGACUCACCUCCAGCAACAAGGACUCUAACAGCCUCCCGCGGACCCUCACUGCAUCUGGCAACUAGGGAUCUGAGGCGUAAUGGACGGCCAUUAGAUGGUUCCAGCCGACGAUGAUGCUUACACUAGGAGAUCAUAUUUAUGACGUCAAAGACUAAAUAAAAGAAACUACAGACCAUGUGAAAAGUAGAUUUCCUUAAAACCCUUUAUCUUGAAGUAAUCGGUUAAGGAAGAAUUGUCUUAAACAUAGAAAGUGAAACAUGCACCUGAGACAAUACAGUUAAAUAUCGUAGUUUAAUUUGAUCCACUUGUAAAUUCUGCAUGUUUCAUGCUCUUAGCCGACUCUAAGACUAUACAUUUCUACAUGUUGGAAGUUCCAAAGACACUGUGUGAAAUGAAAGCAUAGAAAAAAAUUAAUGAGGCAAAGAAAUAUCUUAAAUCAAGCACCCAUCAUUUAGGAGAUGUUCAGUAAGGAGUUAAUUGUGUGCUAAGCCUGCAAUCACCAUUGAUUACAAAACAAUGCAUUUGGUAUAGAACCACUUCGUUAAAAAAAUUCUGCAGGAAACCUGACCUAAAAUGCCAAGACAUAAACUUCAAAGUGAAAGUAGAACCACUUUCAUUGGAAAG